GAGGAACCCACCUUGCUUUGCUCUCUUUGGUUUUUGUCUCGCAUAAGAUGUCUUACGCCCUCCAACUCUCAAUCCCUGCGAGAGCUUUGGAGUCUUCGAAAAAUAGUAAUAGAAAGAGAGCAAGACCAUGCCAUCUUCAAAUUCUUUCUUCUUUCUCUCAGCCCAAUAUUCCAGAAAAAGAAGAGGCUGACUUGGGGAGAAUUCAAGACCAAUCGCACGUGAUUUUGGUGGAGAGAUAUGGCAAUGGGACUGCCAAAAGGUUCAUCUUAGACGAUGAAUGUAAAGUGCAAACCUUACAUGUGAAACAUGAUUCUGUUGAUAAUCGAUUGCAAGGCUCACAUUUCUCAGACACAACUUUGUCCUUCCUUCCGAAUGUUGUUAAGGAUUUCAUUUUACCUGCAGGCUUCCCAGGAACAGUUUCAGAUGAUUACCUUCAGUACAUGCUGCUACAGUUUCCUACCAAUGUUACUGCUUGGAUCUGUCAAGCAUUAGUCACAUCAAGUCUCCUAAAGGCUGUAGGCAUUGAUUCUUUCUCUGGAACUACUGCUGCGAUUUCUGCUGCCACUAUCAAAUGGGUCUCCAAGGAUGGCAUUGGAGCUGUUGGCCGCUUAUUCAUUGGUGGGCGCUUUGGAAAUCUUUUUGAUGAUGACCCAAAACAAUGGCGUAUGUAUGCAGAUUUCAUUGGCAGUGCAGGAAGCAUAUUUGAUCUAACUACUCAAGUUUAUCCUGCAUAUUUCCUGCCUUUGGCAUCUCUUGGGAAUCUUGCCAAGGCUGUAGCGAGAGGACUGAAAGAUCCUUCAUUCCGUGUGAUUCAAAACCAUUUUGCAAUUGCAGGAAAUCUGGGGGAGGUAGCAGCAAAGGAGGAAGUUUGGGAAGUAUCUGCUCAGCUGCUUGGCCUUGCUUUGGGCAUACUGAUCCUGGAUACACCUGAGCUUGUAAGAUCAUAUCCAGUUUUGGCAUUGACAUGGUUGAGCAUGCGACUUCUGCACCUUUGGUUACGUUAUCAGUCACUUUCAGUUCUACAAUUUAACUCUAUAAAUCUUAAGCGCGCUCGUAUACUGGUAAAAUCGCAUGUUUCAUACUCGACUGUUUCAGGUUUUGAUGAUUGUAACAAGGAAGAAAAUAUAUUAUUAUGGGAAAAGUUCAUGAAGCCACGAAUUAUUUUUGGUGUGCCCUUGGAGGAGAUGGUUGGUGGUGAGAAAUUUGUUUUUGAGUUGAAGACACUUUUGAGAAUAUAUUCAAAGGAGAAAUAUAUUUUAAUUGUGAACCUACUGGCAAGAGAUUUUGAGGUCUUCAUAUCAUUCAAGGUGGAGGCUACUAGCAUGUCAGUUUUGCGAAGUGUGUGGCAGACGUAUUGGCUAUAUGAAAAGUUUGAAAGCUCAGAUAAUCUCUUCGACCAGCUUUCACACAGCUUAUCGGAGAUGGAAGAAAGGUUUGACAAUUUUAUACAUCAGUUGGAGAAAGCCGGAUGGGAUACUCGUCAAAUAAAUCUGAAAGUCCCCACAGAAAUCUCCAUUGAUGAGUCGAGUUAAUGAUCAAAAUAAUCAGAGAAUCGGAUUUGUAUUUAUCCUGAGUGCAUGCCUGCCUGCAGGUUUCCUGCUGCCAACCAAACUAUACUUCCUAGUUUCGCCCCUAUACAAUGAAGCUAAGUAUUCUGACGAAUGAAACGACACUUCGAUCGAAAUUCCAUCUCAUUGUUUUGGAUCGAAUAACACCUCUAAUCGAGCUUCAGAUGAUGAGAUUCAGUGAACAUGUAUGCAUCAAAAUUUCGGGUUGUUAAAUUUGUUCUUUUUCAUAGUAUAGAAAUCAUAUGCUUAAAAAGCCACCUGAAAUGUAAGUUGAACUGGCGCUUCAUUUUUCAUUACUGAGUUUUGUGUCCAACUUACCAAAAUUAUGAACGAUUUAUGGAACAAGGCCGUUUAAUAUUGAACAACUCAUGAAACGAGCGUUCUUUCUUGGCUA